AUGUCCCUGGGACGCGGCGGACUUCAGUGUUCCGGUGUCUCCAUGGUUGUAUCUACUGUAGAUCCUGCUACGUCACGGUCGUCGUCGCCAUCAUCCCGCAGCAGUGGGCCUCUGUCCCUGGCCAGCGCGAGACGUCGGCCCUCCGGUAUACCCCGCUCCCUGGCUGGCUCUAGGGAGACCAGUCCUACAAGGAGUGGGCGGUCGAGCAGCGUGGUGGGCGCGGGCGUCCGGCGGCGCGAGUCCAUGGAGCGCGCCGCGCCCGGCCGCGCGCCCGUCGCCACGCUGCGCCUGCUGCAGCAGACCAGGGACGCUGAGGCACUGCUCAGGAGUCCGGAAGACAGUUCAGCGUGCGAGGGAGGUCGCGGCCGGGAUGAUGAUUCUGAGGCUUCCAGCGUUUGUUCAGAACGCAGUCUAGACUCGUAUAGGAGACAUGAUUCUGUAUCCUGGUCGGGGUCAGCGUCCCGGCUGGGCUGGGAGUGUGGGUCCCCUCCCCCGCCGCCCCCUCCAGAUGACAUCAUCGCACUCUGUGCCUGCACUCAUUGGACCGAACGGAAAGACGGACUAACGCAUUUGGCUAAUUACCUGAACAGCGGUCGUCUCCUAACGGAUGACCAGCUCCGACGUUUGACAGAGUUACUCAACAAGAUGUUCGUGGAUGCCCACACCAAGGUGUUCUCCUUACUGCUGGAUGCUGUCUGCGAACUGCUACUCGUACACUGGCAACAACUGAAGGACUGGCUCUAUCAACUCAUGUUCAGAUUGCUAAUGAAGCUUGGUACGGAUAUACUGGGCUCUGUCCAGAGCAAGAUUAUGAAAACUCUUGACGUUAUACACGAAUGCUUCCCAGCCGAGCUGCAACUACAUAAUAUAUUCAGGUUUCUCGCGGACGGUGCGACGGCGCCGACCCCGAAGACGAAGGCGGCCGCGCUCCGGUUCCUCGCCGACCUCGCGCACGACUACUGCACUCCCAACAGUCUCGCAUUAGCCUUACACGGAGGUAGUGCGGGCGUGGCAGGUCGCGCGCUGUGUAAGGUGGCGACGCAGGCGGGCGACCCGCGCGCCGCCGACGUCCGCGCCGCCGCCAGGCGGGCUCUCGCAUCGCUCUACGACUGCAACCCGGGGCCGUUCACGGCGCUCAUGAGCGAGCUACCUCCAGAGACGCAGGCGUCGGUCAACGGAGUACUCCAACAACAUGUUCGCAGGACUUCUAGCACAGGCUCGGACAGUCCGCUGCGGACAGUGAGCGGGGCGUCCAACUCGGCGGCGGAGGACGUGUACUCCCGCAUACGGAAGACGACCUCCGAGAUACACACCUACACAGCGCAGCAUAGCAACGCGGACUGCGGCAACCAUAUGUCGAGCAAGGACUCCGGUAUAAGUCAGAUGUCGGACGUGACUCUCUCCAACAAGGGGCACAAUGGAGUGCCCAACGGACACUACAGCGCUGACACGUUAAACCGAGCGGCCUCAGCGGACAGCUCGGAGGAGGCCAACAGUACCAAGGAGUCCUCCCCCGUACCGGCGCAUCACAGGCUCGACUUCCACACACACGGGGAGUUCAACUCUAGUCAGCUGGGACGCGACAAGAUCCGCCCAUACGAGACCGACGAGAAUGGAUACGUUAUAACUAAAUCGGGUCUCCGCGAGCCCGAAGUGCUGGAAGCCCUAUGCAAGUUGGACGUUGGGGCUGCGCCCCCGGAGCACUGGGAGCGCUUACUGCUCGCCACGCACGAAUUGCUCAAGUACGGAGACUGCAGGAAGCCGGCGGAAUACUUCAAGAACAUAGUACGAGUAGCUUUGGCGGCGCUGUCAAUAGACGAGAACUCGGGCGACAAGGAGAAUACUGAACACGCCAGCAAUGCGCAGCAAACUUCAGGUUGGGGCACGGCCAACGAGCGCGCUGCAGCGGAAGCUGUGAAGGUUUUGAUCUGGUUGUGCAGGAGGCCCGAGACCAGGCCCCAGUGGCAGGACUACUUCGACCUCAUACUCCUCAAGCUCAUACACGCUUACGAAAGCCUCAACAAGGAAGUUAUGCGGGCCGUGGAAGCUGGAAUGCCGCAUAUUGCUAACGCCUUGCCGGCUCAGCAGGUGCUAGCCCUCCUGAAGCCAGUGAUCCGUACCCGCGGGUACCCGACGUCACUCUGCGCGCUGAAGCUGGCCGCCGAGGUCGCCAAGGCGCGCCCCAACGAGCUCACUGACGAUACUGUACAGCAUCUCAUGGAGGGAGUCGGACAGCUAGCGGACCACCAGAACAGCGCGGUGCGCAAGGCGGCCGUGUUCUGCAUGGUCGCCUUCACGUUCGCGCUCGGGGAGGAACGCAUGCAGCCGCAUCUCAAGCAUCUCUCCGUCAGCAAGUACCGACUGCUGCAGGUGUACAUCAGCAAGCAGCGCGAGGAGUCCCCCCGCGGCGGGGGCGCCCCCCCCUCGGCGCCCACGUAGCGCCGGCGCCGCGCACGCCUGCGCACGCGCAGCACGCAGACGCCGGACGCACACACGCACCACUAGCUCACACACACACUCUAACCGUCUCUACGUCAGCUAGCGGGACUCUACAUUCUCACUUUACUCCUUCAUUCAGUCGGAGACUGGUUCGUCGACGAGUCGGGCGACUAGUCGAGCUACGACCGGUUCCAAGUUUACUGGUUAGAUGGACAGUAAAGCCAGUCUCCUACUGAAUUAAAAAGUUAUCUUCAUUUACAUUUUAAAACAAGUCAAAAAAGUGUUGCGCGUGAUAUGAAAGACUGUGACAAAGGUGUGUCGGCGAAAUUGGACUGUAUUACGAUGGUAACGGGGGCGAGAUUCGUGUGCGCACUUGUAUAAUAGCUUUCUACAUUUAUAAUCGCUUGAAGAAUGAAGAUUGGACGGUCAGGUUAGUAACUAUAACUAUAAAGUCGUCAUUUCAGACUUUAGUUGGAACGAAUUUGGAUUCUAUGUCCAUUGGAAUAAGAAUUUCUCGUAAUAACUUGUUUGACAAAGUUGUAUCUCCAGUCGACGGAACCAACCCUUUGAUAAUAGUGAACUCGUUCCUCUCUUUCCAACAACCAUAUUUAGUAAUGUGGUAGACAGGGAUAGGUAUACAGAAUAAAGCUUAACAAGGAUUAGUCUACAUUUGUAAGAUAAUAAGAUCUGAUUUAACUGAAACACUAGUACAAGACA